AUGUUUCUGCUCACGGCAUCUUUCAUAUCUAGCCUCGCUGCGGCUGUCACUGCACAGACGAUCACCGGGGCCUUUGAUUGUCUACCUGCGGGCACAUUCACAUUGUGCCAGAACCUCUGGGGCAGGACUGCUGGGGUGGGCUCGCAGAACUCGACGUUGAUCAGCACAUCUGGCAACUCAAUCUCUUGGUCCACGAACUGGACUUGGGUCGAUGCACCGAACAAUGUGAAAAGCUAUGCAAAUGUUGAAUCAUCGUCCGCGAAGGGCGUGCAGUUAUCCGCGAUAACAACGGCGCCGACAACAUGGACUUGGACCUACGAGACCGAAUCGUCUGGCAUUCGGGCGGAUGUUUCGUAUGACAUAUGGUUCGGGAGUGCCUCAUCCGGAGACCCAGCGUCGGCUGCAUCCUCCUAUGAGAUCAUGAUAUGGCUGUCCGGCCUCGGAGGGAUUCAGCCAGUUGGCUCACAGAUCACCACAGGAACACAAGUUGCGGGCCACGCAUGGAACCUCUGGAAGGGUCCCAACGCGAACUGGGAGGUCCUUUCAUUUGUCUCGACAGACGGUAACAUUCAAGAUUUCGACGCGGACUUGAACGACUUUUUCCAAUAUUUGAUAGAUGAGCAGGGCGUGUCCAGCUCACAGUUCGUGCAGGCUAUACAGACUGGCACUGAGCCUUUCACAGGCGCUGCGAACCUCGUCACAUCAGAGUAUAGCGUUGCAAUCAACCAGUAG